UAAACUGUCAGAUAAGCAGUAUAGUAACAGUCCACACCGUGUAACACUAGUGUUCCAUCAUGAGGUCCCUGUUAGCUCUUCUGUUUGUCUGUGGGACCGCCCUGUCCCACCCUGGUUUCCGGCUCCUUAUCCCCAACGGCAUUAAUGUCCCUAACCCCUGCAUUAAUGUAGUCGGUUUAUGGAAUGCAGUUGGACACAACAUAGAAAUUGGAGGUGGACCAGGAAAUGUCUUCGGAGCGGACUUUGUAGCAGCUAAUACUCAAUGGACCAAGGACUUGUGUCAGAAAGACUCUGACAUGGACGGCAAGACAAACGGGGAGGAGCUAGGGGACCCCAACUGUGUGUGGAAGCAGGGGGACGCUCCAGCAGGGGACGCCACUGGACAUCCAGGUAUUUGUGAACCCAUGUCUGAUGCCAAUUGUAUGAAGAUUAAUGCCAACAUCACUUGUAUAUAACAUGUCAAUUUCUAAUUAUACAUUAUGAACAUUAGUGCACAUUUCAUUCAAUGAUUAUUUUGUACUGAAUGUGUUAUAGUAGUGUAUGCAAAAUACGUAGAAUGUAUAAUAGUA